AUGGGUGUAAAUGUUUUAUCUCAGAUAAUUGAUAAUGUAAAAAAUGCUGGUAUGUACAGCGUUAUAAUGGACGAAACUCAAGAUUUAAAAAAACAUGAACAAGUUUCUAUUGAUCUGAGAUACUGUGAUAAAAGAUUAAAUGUGAUAGAAAAUUUUAUUGGUUUUUAUAAAACUGACAAAUUGGAUGGUGAAACCCUUUCAAAUUUAUUAAAAAGUACUUUGCAAUCUUUGGACUUAAAAAUUGAAAACAUGAGAGGACAAUGCUACGAUGGAGCUGCCUCAAUGCGUGGUUCUUAUUCUGGAGUAGCUAAACGAAUACGAGAUGAAAAUAAACUAGCUUUGUAUGUGCAUUGUUAUGCGCAUAUACUUAAUUUGUGUGUAGUUGAUGUUUGUGGUAAAGUAGCUCCAAUUAGAAACAUGUUUGGCGAAGUUUCGAUACUCAAACUUAGAAUCAGCAGUAUCGAACAAUCCAAUCUAAAUAACUACAUCGAUAUAACCGGAAUACCUCAAACCAAAAAUGAAAACUGUUCUGAAAUAGUAAAACAAAUUGGAUUAAAAACAAACACCAUUAUCAACGUCAUAGAAGCAAAUAGAAUAUAUAUCACCAACGAUAAGAACAGUAUCAUUGUAGCCAAACUGGAAACGAACGAGAUGAAAAAAAAAUUUAUUCGCAAUAGCAAAAUUUCCAAGCUCUCGCCAAAUAUUAUUCAUAAUGAAUGGUCUAAUGAAAUCAAAGUGUAUAUCAAUGAAAGGCUAAAAAAAGACCGUCGAAUUAUAUUUGGACAAGCGAGAGCAGCUGGAAGAGAAAAAAAAUUCAAAUUUGUAUGGGUCAACAAUGGUGACAUUCUCCUAAAAAAAGAAGAAAGUUCUAAAACAAUACGCAUAAGAACACCGCAAGACCUAGAGAAAAUGUGA